AUGAGCGAGCCCCCGCCGCGGCCCCCCGGGGGCGAGGAAGGGCUGGAAACGGCCUAGCUCCCGGCGGCCAACGCCAGCCGCGGCCGGGAGGAGAGGGCGGCCGGGGCCCGGGGCCCGGGCGCGAGGACGGUGGGCAUGGUCGCCAUCCAGUGCAUCUACGCAUUGGUGGGCCUGGUGGGCAACGCGCUGGUCAUCUUCGUGAUCCUCCGCUACGCCAAGAUGAAGACGGCCACGGCCAUUGCCGGUGAGCUCUUCAUGCUGAGCGCACCCUUCUUGGCGCCAUCGGCUGCCCUGCGCCACUGGCCCUUCGGGUCGGUGCUGUGCCGCUCAGUGCUCACCGUGGGCGGCCUGAACUUGUUCACCGGUGCCUUCUGUCUGACGGUGCUCAGUAUGGAUCGAUACGUCCCCGUGGUGCACCCUCUGCGUGCCACCACCUACCAGCGGCCCAGCGUGGCCAAGCUGAUUAACUUGGGCGUGUGGCCGGCUUCCUUGCUGGUCACCCUACCAAUCGCCAUCUUCGCGGACACCAUGCCCUCGUGGGGCGGUCAGGCUGUAGCCUGCAACCUGCACUGGCCGCACCCAGCCUCAUCAGCGGUCUUCUUGGUUUGUACGUUCCUGCUGCCUGUGCUGGCCACUGGCCUGUGCUAUUUGCUCAUCAUGGGCAAGAUGCGGGCAGUGGCUCUGCGGGCUGGCUGGCAGCAGCGGCAGCGCUCGGAGAAGAAGAUCACUCGGCUGGCGCUGAUUGUGGUGGCCGUCUUUACGCUCUGCUGGUUGCCUUUCUGCGUGGUGCAGCUGCUGAACCUGUUUAUGACCAGCCUCGAUGCCACCGUCAUCCACGUGUCCCUCAUCCUCAGCUAUGCUAACAGCUGUGCCAACCCCAUUCUCUACGGCUUCCUUUCUGACAACUUCCGCCGUUCCUUCCAGCGAGUUCUCUGCCAGUGCUGCUGCCUCCUCGAUGCCCCAGGACGAGCCAAGGAAGAGCCCCUGGACUACUACACCACUGCUCUCAAGAGCCAUGCUGGGGCCGGGUGCAUAUGCCCCCCACUGCCCUGCCAGCAGGACCCUGUGCAGCCAGAACCCAGCCGCAACCAAGUCCCCCUCACCAGGACCACGACCUUCUGA